AAACUUACACACAGAGCUCCCGUUCACCCUCUACCGGAGAGCUCACGCGCUCGCCUGUCCGUCCGCUCGCUCGCGCUCCACCCGGUUACCCACAACUCGUGUCGACACCCGCCAACUGUCCACAUAGAGGGAGGCGGGAGAAACGUUUGCACAGAGAGGCUGAAACGACACGACACCCGCCGCUGGAGAGAGAGUUCACCCGCGGGCAGCCCGCGUUCACCCCUCCGACACCGACAACAUGGACAAAGUUUUAACUUGCGUCUUCAUCGCGAUCGGUGUUGUGAUGUCAGCGCGAGCACAGGUGUAUAAAGGCGAUUGUGACUUCGAGAAACCCUUCCAGUCGUGCGGCUAUACCCAAGGGCGAGAUGAUGAUCUUGACUGGGAACAGUUGGACACCAGUGAGAAGCCUUCACUGGAUCCAUGGAUGCCACCUGGUUCAGCGUUUAUGAUGGUAAAUUCUUCAGGCCGUUACGCUGGACAGAAGGCUUUACUCUUCACCCCACAGCUCAAAGAGAACGACACACAUUGUGUCAUAUUUCAGUAUUAUGUGGCGGGGAGAGAGGGGGGGAGCCCGGCACACCUCAACAUCUACAUUAAAGAAAACAACAGUCCAAUGGGUCUGCCCGUCUGGAACACGUCCGGACCUGUCGGUCGAAACUGGAACCAGGUGGAGCUUGCCAUCAGCACUUACUGGCCUAACUUCUAUCAGAUCGUCUUUGAAGCGGUGACCUCGGGCCAGAGAGGCUUGCUGGCCAUCAAGGACGUCGUCCUCCAGGGCCAUCAGUGCAUGAAUACACCGCACUUUCUUCAUAUUAAAGGGGUGGAGGUGAACGCCGGACAGACGGCCACAUUUCACUGCACUGUCAACGGUGAAUGGAAAGACAACUUUAAUCUCUGGUUACAGGGCAUCGGUGGUCGUGAAGCUCCUAUGAAGGCUACUAAGCCGUGGAAUAACCAGCGAUUUAUCGGCAUGUUUGACGUGGUCAACACAACCAAACAGGAUUCUGGACGCUACAGAUGCAUCGUCCACUCGAAUCGUGGCGUCGGUGUGUCCAACUACGGAGAGCUGACCAUCAAACAGCCUCCGGUUCCCAUCGCGCCGCCUCAGCUGAUGGCGGUGGGAGCCACGUACCUCUGGAUUCAACUCAAUGCAAACUCCAUCAACGGAGACGGACCCAUCGUUAACCGAGAGGUCGAGUAUCGCACGGUCUCGGGCACCAUGUACGACCUUCAGCCCGUAGAUAAAACCUCACACAAAAUCGGUCAUCUGGACCCAGACACAGAAUAUGAGAUCAGUGUCCUCUUGACUCGACCCCUGGACGGAGGAACUGGUGCUCCUGGACCUCCACUGAGGGCUCGAACCAAAUGUGCAGAGCCCAUGCACGGCCCACGACAGCUGAAGGUUUUGGACAUCAGAUCUCGUCAGGUUACUGUACGCUGGGAACCUUUUGGCUACAACGUGACGCGCUGCCAUAACUUCAGUCUGACGGUGCAGUACCGCGCCAGAGGAGGCGGCAAAGAGGAGAGCAGAGAGGAGGCGUCAUAUGACAGCAAGAGCUCCGCCCCCCAGCACACCAUCCAUAACCUCACACCUUACACCAACCUGAGCGUUAAACUCGUACUGAGGAACCGCGAGGGCGUCAAAGAAAGUCCUGAAAUCCACAUUCAGACGGAUGAAGAUGUGCCCGGCGAGGUUCCUCUGGACUCGAUUCAGGCCAGUGUGUAUGAGGAAAAGAUUGUGUUGAAAUGGAGAGAACCGGCUCAGACCUUCGGCAUCAUCACUCAAUACGAGAUUUCAUAUAAAGCUGUCAGCUCAUUUGAUCCCAUGCUGGAUCUCUCCAAUCAAAGUGGGAAAGUGAAUAAGCUCGGAAAUGAGACGAGUCACGUCUUUCUGGGUCUUUAUCCCGGAUCUACGUACUCCUUCACCAUCAGAGCCAGCACAGCCAAAGGUUACGGACCGCCGGCCAUCACACAGGCAACCACUAAGAUCUCAGCUCCAUUAAUGCCUGUGUAUGAUCAGGAGACGCCUCUGAAUCAAUCAGACAGCAGUGUGACCGUCGUACUGAAGCCGGCACAGAGCAGAGGAGCUCCUGUCAGUGUGUAUCAGGUGAUCGUGGAAGAGGAGAGACCGCGGAGGGCUCGUGGAGGUGAAGCGGAGAUCAUCCGCUGUUAUCCUUCACCGGUUCACUAUCAAAACUCCAGCGGUCUGAACUCACGCUAUUACUACACUGCAGAGUUUCCCUCCGCGGGCAUCCCAUCACCCCAACCGUUCACUGUGGGAGAUAACCGGACCUACAGCGGAUUCUGGAACGCUCCUCUCCAGCCGCACAAGAGCUACAGCGUCUACUAUCAGGCCGUCAGCUCGGCUAAUGGGGAGACGAAAAUCGACUGCGUUCGCGUUGCUACAAAAGCUGCUAUCUUGGUAACACAGCUCACCACACCUUACGUACGCAUUGCUCCAGCCGCUGGAGACCAUCAGCUAACAGGGGCAGCCACUCACAAACCCAACGCCGUGGAGCCGGAGAAACAGACCGACAACACGGUGAAGAUCGCCGGAGUGAUCGCAGGAAUCCUGCUCUUCAUCAUCAUCUUCCUCGGCGUAGUGCUCCUCAUGAAGAAACGGAGAACGUAUCAGUCCUACACUUACUACCUAAAACUAGCAAAGAAGCGCAAGGAAACGUUGAACAGCACGCGACAGGAAAUGACAGUGAUGGUGAACUCGAUGGAUAAGAGCUACACUGAACAGGGUACCAACUGUGAUGAAGCUCUUUCAUUCAUGGACACACACAAUCUCAAUGGACGCUCUGGUUCUUCUCCGUGUUCUCUCACAGUUAAAAGCAACACUCUGAACAGCAACAUCCCAAACACAUAUUACCCAGAUCCGUUUGUGCCCACCGCCAUCCUAGUCCCCAUUACUGAUGAAACUCAAACGUUGACCAGUGACACCAGCAGUCUGGUGCAGUCACACACACAUUCACUGCGUAAACGAGAAGCCGUAGAUGUGCCGUACCAGACGGGUCAACUUCAUCCGGCCAUCCGUGUGGCAGAUCUGCUUCAACACAUCACACAGAUGAAAUGUGCGGAGGGUUACGGCUUUAAAGAAGAGUAUGAGAGUUUUUUUGAGGGUCAGUCCGCCCCAUGGGACUCUGCCAAGAAGGAUGAGAAUCGGAUGAAGAACCGUUAUGGAAACAUCAUUGCAUAUGAUCAUUCACGUGUAAGGCUGCAGAAUCUGGACGGAGAGCAGAACUCUGAUUACAUUAAUGCUAAUUAUGUUGAUGGCUAUCAUAGACCGAACCACUACAUUGCUACACAAGGACCCAUGCAGGAAACCGUUGUGGACUUCUGGAGAAUGGUCUGGCAGGAGAACACCGCAACCAUCGUCAUGGUGACCAAUCUAGUAGAAGUUGGCAGGGUGAAAUGCUGUAAGUACUGGCCGGAUGACACUGAGAUCUACAGAGAUGUAAAGGUGACGCUGAUCGAGACGCAGCUGCUGUCAGAAUACGUCAUCAGAACGUUCGCUGUAGAGAAGCGAGGAGCCCACGAGAUUCGCGAGAUCAGCCAAUUUCAUUUCACCGGCUGGCCGGAUCACGGCGUCCCAUAUCACGCUACGGGUCUGCUGGGAUUCGUGCGCAGGGUUAAAGCCAAAUCGCCAACGAACGCUGGACCAAUCGUGGUUCACUGCAGUGCAGGGGCGGGGCGAACAGGCUGCUUUAUUGUGAUUGACAUCAUGUUGGACAUGGCAGAGAGAGAGGGCGUCGUGGACAUUUACAACUGCGUGAGGGAGCUGCGUUCACGCCGGGUUAACAUGGUGCAAACGGAGGAGCAGUAUGUUUUUAUCCACGAUGCCAUUUUGGAGGCGUGUCUUUGUGGUGACACCACCAUUCCAGCCAGUCAGCUUCGCUCUGUUUACUAUGACAUGAACCGAUUGGACCCUCAGACCAACUCCAGUCCAAUCAAAGAGGAGUUCAGGACUCUAAACAUGGUGACGCCGACCCUUCGUGUAGAGGACUGCAGCAUCGCUUUACUGCCACGAAACCAUGAGAAGAAUCGCUGUAUGGACGUCCUACCACCUGACCGCUGUCUGCCCUUUCUCAUCACUAUUGAUGGAGAGAGUAGCAACUACAUCAACGCUGCUCUCAUGGAUAGCUACAAGCAGCCGUCUGCCUUCAUUGUUACCCAGCAUCCUUUGCCAAACACAGUGAAAGAUUUCUGGAGGCUGGUCCUGGAUUAUCACUGCACAUCUAUAGUCAUGCUGAAUGAUGUGGAUCCAGCGCAGUUGUGUCCACAGUAUUGGCCGGAGAACGGUGUUCAUCGUCACGGUCCUCUUCAGGUGGAGUUUGUUUCAGCUGAUCUAGAAGAGGACAUCAUCAGCAGGAUAUUCAGAAUAUAUAACGCAGCUCGGCCACAGGAUGGGUAUCGAAUGGUUCAGCAGUUCCAGUUUUUGGGAUGGCCCAUGUAUCGUGACACACCUGUGUCCAAACGCUCUUUUCUCAAACUCAUCCACCAGGUGGACAAAUGGCAGGAGGAAUAUGAUGGUGGAGAGGGACGUACCGUAGUACACUGUCUGAACGGAGGAGGUCGCAGCGGGACGUUUUGUGCCAUCAGUAUAGUCAGUGAAAUGUUACGACAUCAGCGAUCUGUUGAUGUGUUUCACGCUGUUAAAACUCUGAGGAACAACAAACCCAACAUGGUGGAUCUGCUGGAUCAGUACAAGUUCUGCUAUGAAGUGGCGUUGGAGUAUCUGAACUCAGGCUAAUGCUACCGGACUUCUGUGUGUUUGUGUACAGUCGGCUUGUAUAUCUUUAAAAAUAUAAAUUUAUCCAGCUGUAAUGGAUCAAGACUGUGAAAACUCCUGAGAUCAGCUUCAUACUCUUUCAACGUGUUCAUGAUGUCACAGCUCCAGACGUGGCUUCAGUUUUUGAUUUCAGGCUCUCCGGACACUUGAGCUUUGCUAAAGACUGUGUAGAUGUUGUUUUAGAAGGUGUUUUAUGUUUAUACUGAUGUGGACGUCCUUUCAGAAGCACAAUGAAGAAUCAGACGAGUGUUCGGGAGGCCUUGCUGUCUGAUUCAUACCCGUUUAUCAUUUAAUGAAUUACAAGGGCCAUCAUAUGUACAGAA